AUUAUGGUUGUCGAAUAACCUACUCUUAACUCCUUGUAUUUUAAAUUGGAUUUUGGUUAUGUUAAAAUAGGUUAUUCAUAUGAGUAACAAAUAAAAACGAAUAAAGUAAGGCCACAUUGUAUUGCAUAGUAUAAAUCAUGGACUACAAUUAUGAACAGACAAGUGAAGUGGAGGCAUUAGACUCAAUAUACUAUGGGGAUAUGCAAAUUUUACAGAAAGAACCAAUGCACAAGUUUAGCAUACCUAUAAAAUCGGAAGAGUAUGAUGAUGGUGAAGGAUUAGCAUGUCAGUUGGUAUUUACAUACACAUUAAAAUAUCCAGAAGAAUUACCCUUAGUAGAAAUAAAUACGGAUGAAAGUUUUGAUGAAAUCGUUGACAAGACUGAACUGUAUAAUCAUCUAAUGGAACAAGCUCAAGAAAAUCUGGGGAUGGUUAUGGUUUUUACACUGGUAUCAGCGGGACAGGAAUGGCUUAAUGUGAAAUGGGACAGCAUCAAAAAAGAAAGAGAAGAAGAGGUUCUUGCUAAAAAAAAGGCAGAUGAAGAAGCAGAAUUGAAAAGAUUUGAAGGAACAAGAGUGACUGUAGAAUCAUUCCUUGCAUGGAGAAAACAGUUUGAAAUAGAUAUGGGUAUACCAGCAAAGAGAGAAAAGGAAGGGAAAGAUAAGAAUAAAUUAACGGGCAAGGAACUAUUCUUGAGAGACACUACGCUCAAUGAAUCUGAUCUCAAAUUCCUCGAAGAUGGCGAUGCAGUAAAAGUUGAUGAAUCGCUUUUCCAAGAUCUGGAUGAUUUAGAAAUUUCUGAAGAAGAUGAUGAGGAUGAUGUAGAUUACGUUCCAGGGCAGAGCAGUGACAGUGAAUAACAAAAGAUUUUGUGCUUAAAUUAGCACCAGAUGUUUUAACAUGGCUCUAACAAUUCCGACAAAUAGAUUAUUUGUUAUGGGAAAUUAUUUUUAUUAUAUUUGUAGAAUACAUACACACAUGCACCUAAAAAUAAUGAUCAUGAAUGAUUAAGGGUGAAGUUUAUUUAUUCCUUCUUCGUUUUGUUUGAUUAUGAUAAAUACGAUAAAAUCACUGAAGCCAGGAUGUUUACUUCUAUUGUUAUAUAACUUUGUUUCGUUGAAAGACAAAAACAAGAGUUAACCUUAUUUGUUUUAUAUAGAUUUUUUUUCUUCAUAUCAGCACUAUUGUUUAAAAUAUCUAGUUUAUUAUAUACUUUAGGUAAAAUACAUAUACUUAAAUUGAAACUAGUAUUUCGUGAUAAUUAUCAAAAUUAUUAUGUAGUUCAAAUAAAUGAGUAUCAUAAGAAAUGGUGGAAACCCAACAAAUAAAUCCGAAUGUGGUACAGGUAUGCCAAACUGUAUACAGCAAAAUGUUUUUAUGUACUGCCUAUUCUAACCAGAAGAAGAGAAAAGACAAAUAAACGGCUUUGACAACGAAUUAACGCGAUAUCAUUGGUAACAACUUUGACAUUCAAUAAUCUAUGAUUUCUCUAGGGAUUCGUGAAAAAAUUAUGUUUUCAAUGUUGCAAAGUUGUAAUCAGAUAUUUGGAAUUUAAAUUAAAGUUGUUAUAACAGGUGAAGUGGAAUCGUGUUGUAUUAUAAAUCAAGGUAAAUAAAUCAAGAACUGUUUGUAGUGCAUAAUACAGCGGCGCAAAUCGCAUGGAAUAUGUAUAUCUAAGAUUUGUUUCUCUUUACUCCUUCUUCGAUUGGAAUAGAGUAUACUUGGUUUUGCUCUCAUGCACCUUUUCGGAAAAGAAGCCUAUGUACUCUUCGGCCCAUGGACUACCCAAUGCUGUUUGUCUAAUAGACUUGUUUUUAUAAAAAAAGGAAGCAGCAUGAGAAACAUUGACAAAAAAGCAAUUAGAAAUACAAAAUUGUUUGUUGGAUAACUUCAUAUUCUUCAAUAAUUGUGUAUCGAGUACACUUUGGCAUAACUGAGUCCAAUUAUAAUCUUUUAUUUCAUAAUAUUAUAUUAUAAUUUGUAAAAUGAUUACUUAUAUUAAAAUAAUAAAUUCUAAAGCAGUGGUGAGUAGCAAGCACCACGAUUCGCCAUUUUGAUUACCCAACAAAAAUACGCGGGAAUUUUAAAAUGUUAUGCUAGCAAUAAAUUGUGGCCUCAACGUAAAUGUAGCAACAGGAUAAUUAGGUAUUAGAACUAUUUUGUAAUGUUAUUAAUUAAAAUAUAGGUAUACACACUUACAAGGCCAAACAAGAAAGUGGUAUAUAGACAUAACACUUUCUUGUUUGGUCUUGUAAGUAUAUUAAUUUCCUUGCUUUUAUAAUUCACUAUGUUCUUAAUUAAUGAAACAAAUUCAGCGCUUUUAGACACACAGAAAGAAAUAAUUUUAAUAAUGAACUUGUUUAAAAUCACCAAUUAACUGCCUCGUUGGACUAAUGGCUAGAUAUAGGCCGCAGAUCCCGAGGUCCUGGGUUCAAUCUCCAGAUCGACCCGAUAAAAAGUUAUUGGAUUUGUCUAUCGAAUUUUUUCAGUAACAGCCCGGAGUUUGGAAGUUGGAUGUAUGUGCACUCCCAUGCCUCGGUAAGCACGUAAAGCGUAAUAAAGUAAUACGUGUUUUUAUAAAUAUACAUAAUUAAUACUGUAUUUUUAUCUACAGUCACUAAAUUAACUUAUUGUUUUCAAAUAAACUUUUCUAGCUGUUAAAAAUAAACAAGUCAACAAUUUUACUUUUUAAGGUUUUCCCCUUUUUUCUUUAAUGUAUUAUAUUUUUAAAAUAAAACAAAUUGGUUUUAUUCCGAGAAUAGUUUUAUUUACACUUUUGCUAUGGUUAUAUAUAAAUGACAUUUCAAUAAAAAAGCGUUUGGACUCACAACAUAUACUUUAACAUCCAAGUAAAAAAACAACACUAUUUUGAGCAAACAAAACGAAUUACUAGCUUUUACAUCACAUUUAUUCGCUAACACAGAUUAAACAUUAUUAAAAUAUUUUAAACUUAUAAAUUAAUUGCAGCAAAUUAUCAAUAGAAAUUAUCAGAAGUAACACGAUAAUAUUUUCAUUAAUAUCGAAGAGCAGUCUUUAAAUAAAUGUGUGAAAAACAUGAUUAAAUUUCAAUAUCACUAAAUAAGUAUUUAAUCAAACGACAUUAUGAAUUAACUAUAGAUAUGUAUAAUCAUAAAAAAACAA